CAUGCCCCUGAUCACAUUCUAGAUGUAGCUCCAGCGCCGCUGAAUGUAAACGCCCUACCAAGGACUGUGCCCCGCAUGCCUGGCCCCACCGCUGCCACCUCCCAUUUCCCCUGGGUCUCUCCCUGCCUCAGCAGCCAGUCCUAAAUCUUCCCUCAAGAUACAAGGCCGGGCCCUCCACGCAGGGGUGGGACGAAGGGCAGAAGGCAGCCCUACCUCGUGAGCAGAAAACACCUCCGCCAAGGCCCUCACCACCCAGCACGCCCCGCCCGGAGAGCAGCAGGGCGGCAACCACGGGCUGGCAGCCCUGCCUGCACCCCAACGCCUGGAGAGAGAGCCUGCUGUGCAGUUGACCUGUGGAAUCCAAAGACGGCUGCUGUGUGUGCGUCUGAUCCAGAAUGUUCCCUGAAUUGCAUUAGGAGGGACCUGGGUUUGAGUCCUGGCUUUAUCACCAACUUACUGUGUGACCUGGGCUGGUCCCCUCUUGGAAUCUGUUUUUCCAUUUCUGCAGUGAAGGGGUUGACUGAUGAUUUAUAAGGAUGUUUCUUGCUCUGAAAGCAUGUCUUGGAUUCUAGAUGUCCACAUGACAUUGGAGAAGCCUGGCCAGGACAUGGAAGUGUAAAAUGCCAACGGCUCUGGACCUGGCUCUCUGCUCAGCCUAACUCAUCUUUGCUUGAGACUUGGGAGUGCCCCCCAGCUCCCCAGAUGUGCCUGGCUUUGCACAGGAGUGCUUCCCUCGCUCCCCCAUACUCAUGCACACAAAAGGAUUUGUCUUCUACAGCAUAUCCGGCAGGGCACCAGGGCCUGGAAGGAGCCAAGGAGCUAGACUGUUGUCCCAGACCCAGAGGCAGCCAUGGGAGCCUGUGCCAUGGUGACUGACACCAACAUCUCAUCUGGCCUUGAGAGCAACACCAUGGGCAUCACAGCCUUCUCCAUGCCUGGUUGGCAUCUGGCAUUGUGGGCAGCAGCCUACCUGGCCCCGCUGCUGGUGGCUGUGAUGGGCAAUGCUGCGGUUAUCUGGAUAAUCCUGGCCCGUUGGAGGAUGCGCAUGGUCACCAACUACUUCACUGUCGACAUGGCCCUGGCCGACCUCUGCAUGGCCGCCUUCAAUGCCGCCUUCAACUUCGUCUACGCCAGCCACAACAUCUGGUACUUUGGCCGUGCCUUCUGCUACUUCCAGAACCUCUUCCCCAUCACAGCCAUGUUUGUCAGCAUCUACUCCAUGACCACCAUCGCCGCCGACAGGUACAUGGCCAUCGUCCACCCCUUCCAGCCACGGCUCUCGGUCCCCAGCACCAGAGCAGUAAUUGCUGGCAUCUGGCCAGUGGCCCCGGCCCUCGCCUUCCCCCACUGCUUCUACUGCCCCAUCAUCAUGGACCGGGGUACCACCAAGUGCGUGUUGGCCUGGCCCGAAGACAGCGGCGGCAAGAUGCACCUUUUGUACCACCUCGAGGUGAUCGCCCUCAUUUACUUCCUGCCUCUCGUGGUGAUGUUCGUCGCCCACAGUGUCAUCGGUCUCACGCUCUGGAGACGCACUGUCCCAGGGUACGAGGUGCAUGGCGCCAACUUGCGCCACCUGCAGGCCGAGAAGUUUGUGAAGACCAUGGUGCUGGUGGUGGUGACAUUUGCCAUCUGCUGGCUGCCCUACCACCUCUACUUCAUCCUGGGCGGCUUCCAGGAGGACAUCUACUGCCACAAGUUCAUCCAGCAGGUCUACCUGGUGCUCUUCUGGAUGGCCAUGAGCUCCACCAUGUACAAUCCCAUCACUUAUUGCUGCCUCAACCACAAGUUUCGCUCUGGAUUCCGGCCUGCUUACCGUGGCUACCCACGGGUCACGCCAACUGAGGAGGACAAGAUUGAGCUGACUCACACCUCAUCCCUUUCCACGAGGGUCAACAGGUGUCACACUAAAGAGACUUUGUUCAUGGCUGGGGAUGUGGCCCCCUCUGGGGCUGCCAAUGGGCAGGCUGGAAGUCUGCAAGCUGAAGGGUCUGCUGACCCCUGA